GGAGUCUCAGCCGGGACCCAAGUGAAUGGCCUCCAGGGGCUGUGCGGGGCCUCCGCCGCCGCCGCCUUCGCAAGCCUGGGUCUGGCCGGGAAAGAUGUUAGCCAUGGGGGCGCUGGCAGCCUUCUGGGUCCUCAGCCUCCUCACCUACGGUUACCUGUCCUGGGGCCAGGGCUUGGAGGAGGAGGAGGAAGGAGCCUUGCGAGCUCAGUCUGGAGAGAGACCGGAGCCCAGCACUACUGCUGCCUCCCAACCCCAUCUAAUUUUCAUCCUAGCGGAUGAUCAGGGAUUUAGAGAUGUGGGUUACCACGGCUCGGAGAUAAAGACUCCCACUCUUGACAAGCUCGCUGCCGAAGGAGUAAAACUAGAGAACUACUAUGUCCAGCCUAUUUGCACACCGUCCAGGAGUCAGUUUAUUACUGGAAAGUAUCAGAUACACACCGGACUUCAACAUUCUAUCAUAAGACCUACCCAACCCAACUGCUUACCUCUGGACAAUGCAACCCUACCUCAGAAGCUGAAGGAGGUUGGCUAUUCAACACAUAUGGUUGGAAAAUGGCACUUGGGUUUUUAUAGAAAAGAAUGUAUGCCCACCAAGAGAGGAUUUGAUACCUUUUUUGGUUCCCUCUUGGGAAGUGGUGAUUACUAUACACACUACAAAUGUGACAGUCCUGGGAUGUGUGGCUAUGACUUGUAUGAAAAUGACAAUGCUGCCUGGGACUAUGACAAUGGCAUCUACUCCACACAGAUGUACACUCAAAGAGUUCAGCAGAUCUUAGCUUCCCAUGACCCCAGAAAGCCUCUAUUUUUAUAUAUUGCCUACCAAGCUGUUCACUCACCGCUGCAAGCCCCUGGCAGGUAUUUUGAACACUACAGAUCCAUUAUCAACAUAAAUAGACGGAGGUAUGCUGCCAUGCUUUCCUGCUUAGAUGAAGCAAUCAACAAUGUGACCCUGGCUCUGAAGACUUAUGGUUUCUACAACAACAGCAUUAUCAUAUACUCUUCAGAUAAUGGCGGCCAGCCCACAGCAGGAGGCAGUAACUGGCCUCUCAGAGGUAGCAAAGGAACAUACUGGGAAGGGGGCAUUCGGGCUGUCGGCUUUGUGCAUAGCCCACUUCUGAAAAACAAGGGAACAGUAUGUAAAGAGCUUGUGCACAUCACGGACUGGUACCCCACUCUGAUUUCACUGGCUGAAGGACAGAUUGAUGAGGACAUUCAACUGGAUGGCUAUGAUGUCUGGGAAACCAUAAGCGAAGGCCUUCGUUCACCCCGGGUGGAUAUUUUGCACAACAUUGACCCCAUUUACACCAAGGCAAAAAAUGGCUCCUGGGCAGCAGGCUAUGGGAUCUGGAACACUGCCAUCCAGUCAGCCAUCAGGGUGCAGCACUGGAAACUGCUUACAGGAAACCCUGGCUACAGCGACUGGGUUCCCCCUCAGUCUUUCAGCAACCUGGGGCCCAACCGGUGGCACAACGAACGAAUUAGCUUGUCAACUGGCAAAAGCGUCUGGCUCUUCAACAUCACAGCUGACCCCUAUGAGAGAGUGGACCUGUCUCACAGGUAUCCUGGAAUCGUGAAACAGCUCCUGCGGAGGCUCUCGCAGUUCAACAAAACCGCAGUGCCUGUCAGGUACCCCCCCAAAGACCCCAGAAGUAACCCUCGGCUCAAUGGAGGAGUCUGGGGACCAUGGUAUAAAGAGGAAUACAAGAAAAAGAAGCCCAGCAAAAAUAAGGCUGAGAAAAAGCGGAAGAAAAGUAAGACAAAGAAGAAACAGCAGAAAGCAGGUGCAUUUCCAAAUUGUCGUUCAGGUGUUUGCCAUUAUCGUGGAUAAGUACACAUUUUUUCCUGUCCGGAUAAACUUAAGUCAGUCUUAGUCUUUUAGCUGUCUUCUAGGUAAACCAGCAAAUCUGGCUCAAUACUGUCACUGCCACAAGCACCCGACUUAUUUUCCAGUCGUGCCACUCCAGAGAUUCCUGCUACCUGGUGGCCACGAGGAAAACAGGUCUAUUCAGUGCCAAAGGUGCUACUCUUGCAAGCCACACUUGGAGGAGAAUGGAGAUGUUUAUUUCUUUUGCUCCUUUGUGAAAGUGCUCAUUAAGGAUUUCAGCCCUUGUGCUUCAGUCAACGGACCCACCACGUGGCUUUAAACUGCAGUCAAUGAAUAUGUUAAUUUGAUGGAAGUUACAGGGUAGCGUGAUGAAAACUACCUUUGAUCAAGUACAGUCAAAGGUUGCCUCACCUCAAAAGGCCUUGAAAAAUAUUUUUUCAUAGUGAAUUAUUGUAUCUCUAUCUUAUGAUACUUGGGGUUUUUUUUAAAUUAAUUCCAUUUCACGUAUCAUUUCCUUUCCUGUAAAAAAGAGCUGUUUUCUCCCAUGUAAACAGCUUGCACCUCAUUUUAUCAUGCAUGAGGGAAUGGCAAAUAAGAACGUUUGAGCACACUGCCAAAACGUGAAUGUAACUAUUUUCUAAACACUUUAACAGAAUGACAUUUCAACAUAAAGUACAUAAUUUAUUUUACAGAAAAAAUAUUAAUUAUUUUGUUUUCAUAAAAAGUUAUACAAAAGACUUUUAAUUAUUUUAUUUUUAUUUUCUAUAUACUGUUAGAAGUCUAUUUCCUAUCUUCAAGAUUACCAAGCACUGUAAUACGAUAAAUUACUGUAAUACUGUGUGAAUUCAUAGAAUAUAAAAAGAAAAUUAAUCAGAAAAAAUGAUAAUCAUCAUUGUUCAUCCAUUAUUUUGAAUGUAAAAAGAUGAAUAUAUUCCUUACAAGUUACUUGGAAAUUCAGUGUUGUACGGGGUUGAGAGACAACUUUAUUGUUUCUAUCAUAAACACUUUAUUUAUGUGUCUUUAUUAUUAAAAUGACUUAUUUUACAGCACUAGCAUAUUUAGUGGGCUCUCCUGAUCUAAUUUCUAGAUAAAAUUAUAUUACUCAUCUUAACAACAAAAAUCCUUACAAAUAGGCAAUUGAAGGUAUGAUUUCCUAACAACCAUAGUAAAUAAUAUGGAUUUUGCAAAUAAGAGGUGUUUCCAACUUGGCUAUUUCAUAGAGAAAAAUAUUCUUUUGUUAAUCUGUAACAUUUAUAAUGAUCGUACUCUUACCCAAAGCGGACAUGGUGGGGAUGUGAUUUUCAGUUCUCUAUUAAUGACCAUAACUUUUUCAAGGAAAAUAAAUUAGCCCACAGCCUUCUAUCCGGAAAUGGCUUCCAGGAUGUUGUUCGCUAUUUGCAAGAAUACCUGCCCCCUGCACAUGGUGUUAGGUAGGCUCUGACUUAAGAGGAGUGGCUCUUGCAGGGUGCCUGGGUGGCUCAGUUGGUUAAGCAGCUGCCUUUGGCUGAGGUCAUGAUCCUGGGCUCCCUGCUCAGUGGGGAGUCUGCUUCUGAGCCUCCCCGCAAUUGUGUGCUGCGUGCUCUCACUCUCUCAAAUAAAUAAAUAAAUCUUUA